UUUGAGCCAAAUUUGAGCCCUCAUUCAUUGCAAUACUCCUUCGUUCUCUGCCAUGUUCUCCAAAGCCCUUUUGGCUCAGUCAAGGACAUUCUCUGUAUCUCUAGGGGUCCGUGCGUCACUUUCGUCGCCGGUUCUGUUACGCCAUGCCAGCUCUGGAAAAAUGUCGAUGCCAUUGCAAUGGCAGCGAGCAUUGUCAACGUCGUUAGCGCUGCGUGAUGACGAGUCACGGUUUGGCGGCCAAAACUCGAAGCCAAGGGGCUUUCGGAGAAGCGUUCCACCUUCGGGAACACUUUAUAUCGGAAACCUGCCAUACUCCAUUACUGAAGAAGAACUGCGACAGUCUUUCGCAGAGUUCGGGGAGGUGGUGCGCGUAUCUUUAGGUACCACGCCAGAGGGGAUGAACCGCGGGUUUGGACACGUUCAAUUUGCCAAUGUGGAUGAUGCCAGCAAGGUCAUCAAGGCGGAUGAGGAGGACCCAAUCUAUAUCAUGAACCGCGACAUCUACCUUGACCAUGCAGCGGUCCAGGAACAAUCUGUGCGCGAACCUUACCACACGCUCUACAUCCGUCCGUUUGGCGGAGCAGAGGACGACUUGCGCGGGAUAUUCAGCAACUUCGAACAAUCCAUUGCGGAUGUGAGGUUAUUGAGGGACAAAAUGACCGGCGAAUCAAGGGGAAGCGGGUUUGUGGAAUUUAAGAAUGCCGAGGCCGCUACGGAGGCGCUUGAGGGUACAAAAGAUCAUAAGGACCCUUCGACGGGCAGGCAGAUGGUCAUCAAAUAUGCACAACCUUCUCGCUUCAAUUCUGCCUCUGACCUCAAGAGCAGCCCGGAAGGGAAAAAACGGAGAUUCAAUCAGAGGGAGAAAGGCACUCAUCGCAAAAAUUCAUAUGGCGGUGACUGGCAAGGUUCCCAGCGCACGGAGGAGUAUCGUGAUUCAUAGUGGAGUGGUGAUCAUCUAGGCUUAUUAUGACUUAAUAUUGUGGUACCCACUUCCUGCAUGCUUGUUGUUCGCGCGUAUUAUCAGCUCAUCGUUAAUCACAUCUCAUGGCGUUAUCCCUGAUCGGUUCACUUCGAUACCUUACGUCUUGCUCCUCUUUCAACUGGACGCUCGCCCCUGCUGUGAACACCACCUCACACUACCAGCAUUGCAAAACGCAUUGAACACCACGGAACCAGCGAUGAACACGUGCCGGGCUGUGGGCAAUGCGAUUUAAAAUUAUACUGCGAUUCCAAUCAGAAAACAACGUGCAUAUUAUUGGUGAC